UGAAAAAAGGAGAGAAUAAUCAUAUAUCUUCGCCGACUUUUUCGCAAUUAUUUGUGCUCCGGACUUUGUAAAAAGAUGAUGUGUCUUGAAACACAGCAUUUUAAACUCAACAGAUUUCUGUUACUCACUAUUGGCUUGUGGCCUUUAAAACAAUCGAACUUAACUCGAUUUCAGUUUAUUAUCUUGUCUAGUGUUUUGACGACGAGUAUUAUAUUUCAGCUUACGAUAUUUGUUACAUUAAGAUGUACUCCUAAUCUCGUGGUUAAAGUUUUAUCUUCCACAUGUUUAUUUAGUAUUUCUGCGAUAAAAUAUAACUUAUUCAGUCUCAAAAUGGAAGCUGUUAAGGAUUUGCUGAUAAAACUUCAAGAGAUACAUGAUGGAUUAAAAGAUAAAAACGAAAUCGCUAUUAUGAAAGAAUAUAGUUGUCUUGCAAAACGUUAUACGGCUGUACUCACAAUACUUGGUCUUUACAGCUCAUUUUCUAUCAUCAUUGCUCUAUUUUGGUCAAGUAUAUUCUAUCUUAUAUUACCGAUAAACAUAUCUAUAUCACAUCAUUUGCCUAUUAUGAUGGAAUACUUUAUCGAUCAAGAAAUAUACUUUUAUUUAAUUCCAUUACAUAUAAGCGUGGCGAUGUUCAUUGCGAUGACUGUAGCGAUAGCAAUAGGAGCAAUGUUUGUUGCAUAUGAUCAACAUAUCUGUGCUAUGUUUAAAAUUUCCAGUUAUCGUAUUAAACGUGCAGUGCACAUUAUUACGUUGGGAGUAAAUAAAUCAAAAAAAGAGAAUUUAAUAUUGAAGGGAAUAAUUAGUGCUGUAAAUAUUCAUCGGCAAGCUAUAAAAUUAUCCGAAUUUUUGGUAUCAAAAAUUCAAACCAUGUUGUUCUGUUUAAUAAUAGUCGGAGUGAUCUUUUUGAGUCUUAAUCUCUUUCGAAUUUUUCAGAUUGCAUCAUCGGGAGACGAUGUUGAGGAAUUUAUUUUUCCCUUUCAAUUUGUAACUUUCAGUAUCGUAUACAUGUUUUUGGCUAAUUAUAUUGCACAGGAUCUAACGGAUCACAAUAAUCACAUCUUUACUACCGUGUAUGACGUCCAAUGGCAUAUAGCUCCUUUACAUAUACAGAAAAUGAUACUAUUUUUGCUACAAAGAGGCGCCAAAGAUUAUACCAUAAAUGUCGGUGGAUUAUUUGUUGGAUCAUUAGAAUGUUUUGCUACGCUUGUGAAAGCUUCGGUCUCUUAUUUUACUUUUAUGUACUCAACGCAAUAA